AUGCCUGGGUCAGCAGAGAUCAACGAUGUCCAUGACAAGCCUUCCCAUAAACCGGAGGACCCUGAUCUCUACCAAGCUGACGAGCACAAGAGUACUGAAACUUCACAGUGGAAUGACUGGAAAUGGGACAAGAAUGGCGUACAACACAUCGGAAGGAUGAUGAUAGAAAGGCUGAGAAAAGCCAUGGACUCGCCCACCAUGUACACCUACUACAAGGGCCAGAGGAUGGAAGCAUACAAUUUAUCACAAGAUCUUGCAUGGGCAGGAGUGUGGCACGGCGACGUUGGCACAAACCACAUCGCGCGCCGCAAGCCGUCCGUAGUGUGCCCUCGUCAUGCACAUGCACAUAGCUGGCGGGUGAUAGACCUCGACCGUUCGUACGCCGUAACUGCUGUUGAUGAGGAAAGGGGUCUCCUAGCUAAAGCAUAUUACUCGAUCUUCCAGUUCCCGAAGUUUUGGGUCGGGGACGAUACUUGGUAG